CGGGCAGCACGUCCCCCCCCCCCCCCCCGACACUCCGUUAAAAGGCGACAGGCGCGGGACCUUUGUCUUUUGUGGUCGCAGUGCGCGCUCCGCGCAGUGAUGCAGUGCGCGCGAGGAACGCGCGGGGUCGACGGAGCCGCCGCUAACGAGCGAAUCAGUGAGUGAGCGAGCGAGCGCGCGCGUGCGUUGCGCCGGGGAUGAAGAAGAGGAGGAUGGAGAUGAUGAAGAUGACGACGACGUCGACGAAGAUUAUGGCCGUGACGUCACGGCGACGAGCGGAUGAGAGCGCCCCAUUAUGACGUCAGCAAAAUCACCAGCACUGCCAGGGAGCAUCAUCAUCAGGAGCAGCAGCAGCGGCGGCAGGAGCUCGAGGAGGAGGAGCAAAAGCAGCAGCAGCAGCAGCCAAAGCCGCAGCAGGAGCGGCAACAACAAUAAUAAUAACGAGGGGCACCACGAGGAGGAGGAGAGGGAGGAGGAGGAGGUUGUCUUGCUGAUCAGAAGCCUUUAUUAAUAAGAUGGCGACUGAGACUGCGACGCCUCCGAGUGGCCCGGGACCCGGUCCGGGUGUAAGAGCCGGGCCGAGACAAUGCCGAGCAGCAGCAGCAGCAGCAGCAGUGGAGGAGGGACAUGUAGGUCAACUGGACAUGGAGAACCUGAGUCGACCGCAGAUGCUUUCCCUCCUGAGCUUCUUGGAGGGAGAGCUCGAGGCACGGGAUCUGGCAAUCGAGGUCCUGCGGGCGCACAGCCGGGAGGAGUUCAUGCACGAGCGCUAUGGCCGCUACCGCCUGGGCGACCCCCUGCGAGCGCUGCAGCGGGACUGGGAGCCGGGGGAAGGCGGCGACGUGUGGGACGAGGGGACCCCCGCGGGGAGCCCCGGAGGGACCCCCGGGGGCUCGCGCCACCGCCUGUCCUCGCCGGCGGCACUGCUCGACACAGUGGUGCAGCAGUGGAGGAGGACGCGCGACCGCGUCACCGCGCGACUCGCGGCCAUCGAGAGCCAGCACCGCAAGGUCAUGAAGGAGCUGGAGGAGGAGCGGAGGAGGCACGCACAGGACCUGGCGCAGGGCGACGACGUCACCUUCAUGCUGGAGAAGGAGCGCGAGCGCCUGGAGCAGCAGGUGGACUUCGAGAAGUCGCAGGUGAAGAAGCUGGAGAAGGAGCAGAAGAAGCUGUCAGCCGAGCUGCGGGAGGAGCGCGCCAAGAGCAAGCAGCUGGUGCUGAUGCUCGUCAAGGAGAACGAGCUGCUCACCGAGCAGCUGCAGAAGGAGCGCUCGGCGCUCGCCGAGAGGGACACGGGACUGGCGGAGGAGAAGCGCCGCUCCGAGGAGCUGGGCGACCUGCUGGAGGUGCACAAGAAGAAGAGCGGCCAGGUGGAGGCCGAGCUCGAGAAGCAGCUCGCCGAGUUCGAUACGGAGCGCGAGCAGCUGCGCCUCAAGCUCGAGCACGAGGCGCACCACACCAGGGGCCUGCAGGAGGAGAUCCUCAGCCUCAAGUCCGGCCUGGCAUCGAAGGCUCGGAGCGACGGCGCCGCAGCGGAGGCGAAAACCACGAGCAGCAAGUGCGUGGAGGCCAAGCCCCCGGUGCGAUCGGUGGGCGCCGGCUCGGACGAAGCGCCGGCGACGUUGGUUUCGACGGCGGCCGGGACGGACGCCCCCCCCGCGGCGUCCGUCGCGGGGGGGGCGUGGGACGCGUCCUGCCCGGACGGCGCCCCGGCAGCGACGGCGGCCGUGGCGGCGAAGCCGCGGGAGCCCCGCAACGGACCGGAGAGCCACGCCGCUCACGCCGGGUCCAACCACGCCCGCCCCGCCCGGCGGGCCGGAGAGACGGACCUCAACCGCAACGCGGCCGCCGGAGAAGCGCCCCGCUCGCCGGGCGAGCCGCGCGUCAAGGUGACCCCCCCGUCGUGUUCCCCGUCGGAGGCCUCGCCCCCGCGGGCCGCCGCCCCCGUGCCCGACGAGGAGCCUUCGAGCCUGUGCCACCUGGAGCCGAGCAACUCCCACGACGCGCCGUCCGCGGGCGCCCCGGCCCGCGCCGGACGCGGCGUGGCCGGCGCCGCCGCCGCCGCCGGCCUCUCCCCGCGCUCGCUCUCGCCGCACUCCCCGUCGGGCCUCGGCGACGGGUCGCCCACGGCGGCCACCCCCGACCCGCUGAGGUCGGGCUACUCCGCCGGCCUCAACUCGCGCUUCCAGGUGGCCAAGCUCAAGUUCCAGACGCAGGUGGAGCAGGAGCAGCAGCAGCAGCAACAGCAGCUGCAGGUCCAGCAGCAACAGCAGCUGCAGGCGAGCUCGGUCACCGUUCACGGUCCCACGAGCCCCGACGCCACGGGCGCCCGGCGCGACUCCUCGCCCGUCAAGAACCUGGCACGCAACACGGUGAGCCAGGCGAUCUCGCGCUUCGCCAGCCAGCAGGCGGCCGCCAUGGCCGCGGGCAAGGCGCCGCCGCUGUGCGGCAGCUCCCCCUUCGGCACCGACUACCGCCCGGCGCCGCACUCGCCGGCGCCCGGCGCCGCCGAGCCGGCGCACGCGCCGCACCCCCCGGGCAGGGCCGGCGGGAACCCGCCGCCGCCGUCGCCGUCGUCGGCGCCGGGCGGCGGCGGCGGCGGCGGCGCCAAGGGCCCGUCGGUGUCGCUGCGCCUGGACCGUGGCGCCCCGCCGCCCAUCCCGCCAAAGAAGCCGUCGCUCAUCCAAGGCAGCCACGCGGCGACGAGCGCGCCGGCGCGCAGCUUGGCGGUCGACAGCAACUCGAACCCCUCGGUGGAGCCGCUGGAGCACGAGGGGGAGGGGACGCGGCACAACGCGGUGGGGAACCUCGCGUCUGCGGUGGGGAACCUCGCGUCCGCGCUGGAGCUCCCCAACGCCGCGGCGACGGCUGCGGCGGGCGCCGCCGCCGCCGCCGCCACCGCCACGUGCUCGGACGGAUGCGGCGCGCUUCCAGCCAGGUCUGCUUCUCAGGUCGACUCGGCUCGCUAGCGGCGUGGGCCGCGAUCCACCGGCACCUUCCUACUGUCGCUCUCGCAGAGUGGCGCUCCUCACCCCUCCGACUCGUCCGCGUUCAACCGCCGCCGGCCAAUCAACCGGAGGAGCAACUGCAAUGGCCGGACGACUGGAAGGGCCCUGCAAACAAAACUAAAAAAUAACAACACGCUUGUUGCGGUGAAGCAAGGCGGUGGGUUAACGAGGCGACGUGGUGACCCCCACGGUGCUGCUUGUGCCACCCACAUUAGGGCAGAGGUUGGCGUUCCUGCGGGAGACGUAGCCCCUACAUACCAAUGUCACUUGCACCGAAGUCGCCGCAUGUGAAUUCGUCUUCUCUUGUCUACUCCAUCUCACCCGAACGGUGGAUUCCUCCCUCCUGCACCCUCCUCCGCCCUCCUCCUCUCACCCAUGCAUCGUCCACUGCUCAGGCCUUAGGCCUUGGGCCUGAGCUGUGUCACCUCCCCACCCCUCUUGACUCUUGACUUCCAUUUCCUCCACCCCCCGGGGUGGAAAGCGGGCGCCAACUGCAGCGGGCGGCCGUAGCGACGUGGCGAGGGACGCGGUUGACACGCUGUGAAUGUGUUAGGGGGUCGAUUUGAGCGCAGGGUGUGCGUACGCGCCGCUACGCACCGCCCAUCCCGACCCCGCUGCUGCUGCUGCUGCUGCUGGUGCCAAAGGGGAACCGGCACUACUUUGACGGAGGCCUCGCGCGGUCCGGCGUCCCCGGCGGCCCAGCCGUCGCGACGACGUCGGGACGCCGUUGGGACACGUCCGCCCCCCCCCCCCUCCCGUGUGAGCGGCCCCGGGAACGUCCGGCCGCGCUGCCGAGGCAGAGGCAGCCAAAGGAGGGGGGGUCGCUGUCUCUCUCUCGGCUGGGCCCCUUCUCGGAGAGCGAACCUGCGGCUACUGCGCCAUGCCACGCGCUUCUUGGAGCUACUUGACCGAUCAUUGAUGCUGAACGUAUUGCCAAUGUUUGUUGCGGAAGCGCGGAGAGGUUUAAUCAAGCGAAGGCUGUAACGUAUUCCAGUGAGGCUACGUCGCACAGUUUGUGUGUGUGUGCGUGCGUGCACGUGUGUGCAGAAGGUUGCUACUGAUUUUCUGUCUUUUCGUCCAGGUCGACGGCAGGAGGCACAAUGAGUCUGAAAUGGAACUGUAUUUUGCUUAAGCAUAGCGAUUUUUAAAUAGCAAUUCUUAUUUUAUUUUUUAAAUAUAAAAAUAUAAACGGUGAGUUCUCAUAUGAAUCCUCGUUAGAAAGUGCAGUGGUGAUGAUGAUGGCCAUCGACUCUAAACCCUCUCUCGCUUGCAUUCAUUGAUAUCGACCCAUUCCAGCUGUGAAUAAUUAUCGCAAAUCGGCAAACGAGCUUCUCGGGUCGGCUGUCGCCGGGCAGCCUGGCCGAGCGGGAAGGGUCAGGGGGUUACAAAUAUAGAAAUCGUCAUCGUUACCGGGAGCACAAGGGGUGGCAUUCAACGGGACCCCCCCCCCCCACAACGCCCGGAUUCGUCACGGGCAGCGCCGCUCACAGGGCGCGUGGUUGAUUGCCGCCACCAUUGGGCCGCCACCGUUGGGCCAUCGGCUUGCUCGUCCCCCACACUCUCGAGGUUUUACACAUCGAAUGUGAUUCGCUUUUUUGUUGUUGUGAUUUUGUCUUCCCGACUUUUGUUUUAUAUCCACUGUACAACUAUCCCCCCCCCCCCCCCAUCAACUCGAGCACCCACCCAACCACGCGCCCACCCACCCACCCCGCUUGUGCAUUUAAUAUUGUAAAUUAACCGUGCAAUGACUUUAAAUGAUCUGUUAAUUGCGCUAGGUAUUAUUACAAUUAAGAGGUGCUGAAUUCACUACGUGAAAUUGCCAAUCAAAAUGGUUUUAAUAACCGUCCGCUGAAAUGUAGUAGCAGCAGCAAGCGUUCAAAGGAGGAAAUUAUGCCGAAGCUCUUACGGCUGCUUUGUAAAGAGCGCUCUGUGUACACUUCCCAACACUACAAUUAGACGUCAAUUUGCCAAAGCGUUCAACUUGCUAAUGCUUGCAAGCUGGAGUUGUGCCGGCCCGUGUCGCCGUCGCACGCCCUGUUGGUGCGAGUCAUUUCGACGAAUUGCGGGGAGGACUUUUUAUUUUUUGGGUGGGGGGGGGACGAUGCAGGCGUUGGGUGGGUGGGCGGGGGAAUAGAUGCUCCAAAUGCAUUUUAUCGGCCAAAACCAGACCAGCCUAUGUUUUUGUAAUUACAUUCUACUGUGUAGUAUUGUUUACCGGCCGAUUUGAACGUACAAACAAUGGACGCGUUGCACUUAAAACGGAGCUGUUACCGCAUUGGUGUUUGAUUCCAUGAAGGACUUAAAAAAAAAAGAAAUGGUUGCGUUCAUUUAAACGGGACCAUUGCGAAAGGCGUCUCAACCGGGCCAAACGAAAACUCGACAAAAGACACGGGGGAGGCCACGCCGGCUCCACGCCCAGCAGCGGCGAGCAUUGGUCGUGACAAGUUUACCAAUGUAGUUUUAGUUGGGGGGGGGGGGGGUGGUGGUGGUGUGCGUGGCACGUGUGCGAGCGCGCGCCUCACUUUUGCCAACGCUUCCCAAGCCUCCCGAGCUAAGUCUGCCUACCCAAGCGCUGUCUCGAGCGAGCACGUGGCGCGCGAUCCGUGGUGCGGCCCAUUGCGCUUGUGGCUGCAUGGAUUUUUUUUUGGAGGCGAGAUUUUGCGUCGGGGGGGGGGGGGGGGGUUAAAUCGCGGUGAAAACGCGCGGUUCUUUUGCAUUGCACUCCUGACCCCCUCCCCCCGCCCCUCCUCACUGUGUUCAGUGUUUUGAAAUGGUAGUGCAUGGCCUGGGAGGUGGCUCGUAUCUCAACUAUGACUUGGCUUUGUUUGGCUUGUCGUGCCAUUCGGCGUUAUAAGUAUUGGUCAGCAUUCUCCAGAGGGUAUCAAAGUUACGUUCUCCUCUUGAACUUUGGCGUUUUAUUGGUAUGAAAUAUCUGAAGGUAUAUUUUUUAUUGCGGAGAGAGAGAUAUAUAUGCGGUGUUACAGAGCGAUUAUGAACUAAAAACGAAUGAAGAGUGUGGGGUAGGAAGCUACAAACUGGAAAUACAAAAAAACCACGCCUUAGGUUCUGCUUGUGCCAUGGCUCAUCCUCAGCUUCACAUUGAAAGAAAAUAAAAUGUGACUUUGUCGUUGCGCAUCAAAUCCAUAACAUUGCACUGACACGAUCUCAAAAAGAGGUGUGCACGCAAAACUGAUGAAGGCAAAAAAAAAAUUCCCCUCUCGAGCCAACCUCGGUGGCAGGAAAACCUCGUGGACUUAACACGUCGGUGUUACAGCCCGUGAUACGAUUUGGAAUUUGCAUGGCUUAGGGCAUGCAAUGGUCUGGCCAACUUUCUGUCGCGAGGCAUGUCUUGGCUUCAACGUCGCUCUCCUGCAUUUUGUCCUGGAGAGGUUCGAUGCAGUUUUAAGUGAAACGUCUCGUGCAUUUUAAUUUGCGAGAUUUGUCAGCGAGGAUUGUUCCGCGUGCGACUCGCCGGAGAGUUGAGACGACGCUUCGACACGUGACCCCAAAUUCACUUGUUGGAUUCUCGAGGGGUCUCGUGACCAAACACGGUUGGCCAGAUCGUUACGUGGCCUAAACCCAAGAGAAACGGUUGAUUGUGAAUCUUCGAGUGGAAUUAUUUAAUGAAAAACGGUUAUUUCUUUAAAGAGACGCGUCGCUUGUUUGCUGAAGCGGACGUCGGACUAGAGCUUCGUGUGGGGGCUUCCUUCGCGGCGACUUUCACAACUGCGUACCCCGAGCUGAACAUGUGUAUGUUGAACUUCUUUCGCACCGUACGUAGCCAACCGUGCUUUUUGAAGAUGCGGCGGGGGGGGGG